CGGAUUGGUGAUAUCAGGUGAUCAGAUGAGCCAGGAUGAAGAGCAGUGGGACUGUACUAGUCAGUCACUUGAUGCGAAACUCCUGGUAGGAUAUUUUAUCUUUGCUUGUUGGGGAUCCCCGCCAUUCCACAGUCAGGAUGGCUCGGGAUAUGUCCGAUAAGGAGAUCCUGAAAAUGGAGCUGGAGCAGCUCAAGAAAGAAGUAAACACAACAAGGACACCAGUGGGUGCAAAUGUUACAGAAACAAUCUCCUUUGUGGAAGCGCUUCUUCCCAACGACCCUCUCAUCAAGGGCGUUCCUGAUGACAAGAACCCCUACAAAGGUGAUAAGGGUGGCUGCAUAAUCACAUAGCAGACAGCCUCAAUUUUCUAUGAGCGCUGUCAGGAUUUCCGCAGACAUGAUGUACAGCAUGGUAGCCAGAUCAGAUGUGUCAAGUAUUUAUAAUGUAUACCUAUUUGUAAUUAAAUGCAACUAGCUGUUAAAAAAAAAAAAAAAAAA